AUUGUUUUGCUUCAGUACAAGAGGCCUUAUAGUGUUCUUACCUUACCUAGGAGGAGCCACACAGAUCAGCAGUGACUCCAGAUUAACCCAUUUUUUGACUUACACUCAGAUGAGAUAGGCCUGUCUGCAUCUGUCCUUCCACGAUGGUUGUUCCUGAAUCUCAGGACAAAAUGUACUACCCUCCUGAUGACCUGAAGAGGGAUGCUCACGUGCCUGAUUUUAACUCGUAUCUGGCUCUGUACAGGAAGUCUCUUGAGAAUCCAGAAGCUUUCUGGAGAGAGAUCGCUGAUGAGUUCUUUUGGAAGAAGCCAGCGACAGGGCCGAUGCUGCACUACAACUUUGAUGUGACAAAAGGGAACAUUUAUGUCAAAUGCAUGGAAGGGGCCAAAACCAACAUGUGCUAUAAUGUCCUGGACAGGCUUGUGAGGGAGAGGAAUCUUGGUGAAAAGGUUGCCUAUUACUGGGAGGGGAACUCACCUGACCACCACAUGACCAUCACCUACCGCCAGCUGCUGAGCCAAGUCUGCCGCUGUGCUAAUGUCCUCAAGCAAAUGGGUGUAAAAAAGGGAGACAGAGUGUCUAUCUACCUUCCCAUGAUCCCAGAGCUUGUCUACACUAUGCUGGCCUGUGCAAGGAUAGGUGCUGUCCACUCCAUUGUGUUUGCAGGUUUCUCCGCUGAGUCUCUGUGUGAGAGGAUCAUUGAUGCCCAGAGCAGCGUCCUGGUGACAGCAGAUGGUGUUUACAGAGGAGAGAAGCUGAUCAACCUGAAACAGAUUGCGGAUGAGGCUCUGGACAAGUGCAGGGAAAAAGCGUCAUCCAGUGUGACUAAAUGUCUCGUCAUCAAGCACCACGCACUCAGAACAAAAAGCGGAGCUGCAUGCAACAAACUCCAGACCCCCUGGGACUCACAGUGUGAUGUGUGGUGGGACGAGGCGAUGAAAGACUCUCCUGAAGAGUGUGAACCUGAGUGGCUGGACGCAGAGGAUCCGCUGUUUAUCCUCUACACCAGCGGCUCUACCGGCAAACCCAAGGGUGUUCUCCACACUGUUGCUGGGUAUCUGCUCUACACGUCGCUGACCUUCAAGUACGUUUUUGAUCAUCACCAUGACGACGUGUACUGGUGCACGGCUGAUAUCGGCUGGAUCACCGGCCACUCCUACAUCACCUACGGCCCACUCGCAAACGGAGCCACAAGUGUCCUAUUUGAAGGCAUCCCAGUUCACCCUCAUGUUGGCCGCUUCUGGGAGAUCAUUGAGAAGUACAAAGUGACCAAGUUCUACACAGCUCCGACAGCCAUCCGCCUGCUGAUGAAGUACGGACGGGAACCGCUGCAGAAGUAUGACAUCUCCAGCCUGAGGAUUCUGGGGACUGUUGGCGAGCCGAUCAACCCGGAGGCGUGGCAGUGGUACCACGAGGUAGUCGGUCAGGGCAGAUGUCCCGUGGUCGACACUUUCUGGCAGACCGAGACCGGAGGUCAUGUUCUGACUCCUCUGCCUGCUGCCACGCCGCUGAAACCUGGCUCUGCUACAUUUCCUUUCUUUGGGGUGGAGCCCACGAUCCUCAAUGAACACGGGGAGGAACUGGAAGGCGAGGCCGAGGGUUAUCUCGUGUUCAGGAGGCCCUGGCCUGGAAUAAUGCGCACUGUGUACAGAAAUCACGAGCGCUUCGAGAACACCUACUUCAAGAAAUUCCCGGGUUUCUAUGUAACUGGUGACGGCUGCAGGCGGGAUAAAGACGGUUAUUACUGGAUCACAGGAAGAAUAGACGACAUGUUGAAUGUGUCAGGCCACCUGAUGAGCACAGCGGAGGUGGAGGCGGCUCUGACGGAGCACCCGGCUGUGGCGGAGGCCGCGGUGGUGAGUCGGCCUCACAAGGUGAAGGGCGAGUGUCUGUACUGCUUCGUCAGCCUCAAAGACAGCAGGGAGUUCAACCACACACUGGUGGAGCAGCUCAAGAGACUGGUGAGAGAGAAAAUUGGACCAAUCGCCACACCAGACUUCAUUCAGAAUGCUCCGGCGCUCCCGAAGACUCGCUCAGGGAAGAUCAUGAGGCGAAUCCUCCGGCAGAUCGCACGCAACGAGAAGGACCUGGGCGACCUUUCGACCCUGGCCGACCCGAAGGUGGUGGAGGAGCUGUUCAGCCAGAGAUGUGAAGCUGCAGCCUGAAAUACACCUCUCUCUCUUUCUCUUUCUCUCUCUCUCUCUCUCUUGGUGUUUUCCAACGGUACAAAUGAAGACAAUCACUGACUGCUGAUUCUGGAUCUUUGGGACUGAAUGAAGGGGCUGGGAUCAGAAAAUAAUACCGCUGACACUGAGAUGUUUAAAAUUGUUGUUUUAUGUGCAGAAAAGAAGGUAGAAAACAAAUGUCAGUCGUUGCAGAUAUAUGGGGCUGUUGCUGCUUUGCAUUUGGGCCAAAAUGUCAAAUAAACUAGACACACAAUUGUUAUGUUUUAUAUUUUCUAACAGUCUUUUAGCUCCAUGUCUCAUAUCAUUGGAGGAGAAGGUGAACAAUUAUUCUCGUCAGCUUUGCACAGCUUGUUCUUUGACUGACACCUGAUGUAUAUUUUCAAUCUGUGAUAAAUUUCUAUAAGCUGAGAAUGAAGUGUUUAAAUCUGUUGUCUUUGUUCCUUUUACCUUCAAGCUCAGCAGCUGAUUGGCCCCCUCAUGUGGCAGGAAUCUUCCUCUGCAGCUGCUAUCUG